UGCAGCUCGAACUUGGUCGGGCCGCGGAUCCCGAGUGGGAAAGUCAUAACAACCGCACGAGGGAGUUCGUCUGGCGAGCUGGAAGGCCACGCCUCCUCCCGCCUCCCCCCGCAGCCCUGUAGCUGGGGGCAGAGCUCAGACUGUCUUCUGAAGAUUGAUGUCUAUUUCCUUGAGCUCUUUAAGUUUGUUACCUCUUUGGAUAAGCAUGGCACAAAUCCAGCAGGGAGGCCCAGAUGAAAAAGAAAAGACAACAGCACUGAAAGAUUUGUUAUCUAGGAUAGAUUUGGAUGAACUAAUGAAAAAAGAUGAACCACCUCUUGAUUUUCCUGAUACCUUGGAAGGAUUUGAAUACGCUUUUAAUGAAAAGGGACAACUAAGACACAUAAAAACUGGGGAGCCAUUUGUUUUCAAUUAUCGAGAAGACUUGCAUAGAUGGAACCAGAAAAGAUAUGAAGCUCUAGGAGAGAUCAUCACGAAAUAUGUAUAUGACCUCCUGGAAAAAGACUGUAAUUUGAAAAAAAUCGCCAUUCCAGUAGAUGCCACUGAGAAUGAACCAAAGAGUUUUAUCUUUAUGAGUGAAGAUGCUUUGACAAAUCCACAUAAACUGAUGGUCUUAAUUCAUGGUAGUGGUGUUGUCAGGGCAGGUCAGUGGGCUAGAAGGCUUAUUAUAAAUGAAGACCUGGACAGUGGCACACAGAUACCUUUUAUUAAGAGAGCUAUGGAUGAAGGAUAUGGUGUGAUAGUGAUGAACCCCAAUGAAAACUAUAUUGAGGUAGAAAAGCCGAAGAUACAUAUACAGUCGUCUUCUGAUAGUUCAGAUGAACCUGCAGAGAAACGGGAAAGAAAAGAUAAAAUCUCUAAAGAAACAAAGAAGCGACAUGAUUUCUAUGAGAAGUAUCGUAACCCCCAAAGAGAAAAAGAAAUGAUGCAGUUGUAUAUCAGAGAGAAUGGUUCUCCUGAAGAACAUGCCAUCUAUGUGUGGGACCAUUUCAUAGCCCAAUCUGCUGCUGAAAAUGUGUUUUUUGUUGCUCACAGCUAUGGAGGACUUGCUUUCGUUGAACUGAUGAUUCAACGAGAAGCAGAUGUAAAAAGUAAGGUGACUGCUGUGGCGUUGACAGACUCUGUUCACAAUGUGUGGCAUCAAGAAGCUGGCAAAACAAUUCGAGAAUGGAUGAGAGAGAACUGUUGUAACUGGGUCUCUAGCUCAGAACCCUUAGACACAUCAGUGGAAUCCAUGCUGCCCGACUGUCCCCGAGUCUCAGCAGGCACUGACCGCCACGAGCUAACUUCCUGGAAGAGCUUCCCGUCUAUUUUCAAAUUCUUUACGGAAGCCUCCGAGGCCAAGACCAGUUCCCUCAAACCGGCUCUGACGCGGCGCUCGCACAGAAUAAAGCACGAAGAGCUGUGAGAGAGAGACAGAGGGACGGAGAGAGAGAGAGAGAAGCGAGUCGGGGGAGGGGAAGCGAAGGACCUGCACUCGAGCAAGCACCCACACGUCUCCUAACUGCUUGUUGUCGGCGAGCAGCCUCCCAGCCCCUCAUUAGAUUGUUUUCUUCCUAGAGCACAGGGUCGUGAUGUAUACAUCUAAAUAGCGUUUUGCAUUAUUUCUAGAUGAGUGCAACUGUCAAAGCAAUAUGGGUUCACUGGUCGUGCUUCCUGCGGGCUGAGCUCGGGCUUCGUGCUGCCCGUCAGCGCGCAGAUUAAGGCUGACAGCGCCCUGCCCCGCACGGCCGGCGCGGCUCUAAUUGCCCCGACGGAGCCCGCGCCGGCGCGGUGGGGCGAGCGGAGUCUGCGUGGUCCUACCGCCCGCUGCAGCGCUUCCGCGGCUGCCCACCCCCGCCCCAUCCUUAAUCAUGUCCAUCUUUUCUCUCUCUCUCUCCCUCUUGGAAGAGAAGCAAACUUUUAUUCUAGAUUUCAAACUUUCAUUUUAAGUAGCUCCCCCCCCCACCCUCCCUAGGGGUUUCUUAUGCCUCUCUAUAUUUUUUUUAAAGAAAUAAGCAUACAGCCCGAAAAGCCAAAUUUAAAUUCAGAGCAUGAAUACCAUGAUAUACUAAGUUGUUUGGGGAGUGAAAAUUGUUUUCUUUCAGUCUCUUUUCAUUUGGAGACCAGAAGAGAAACUUUGCACAAAAGAAUAAUAAUUCUGUAAAGUACUGAAUCCACAUACCGCUGAAUAUCCUUGCCAGUGGCAGAUGAGAUUUAACACAACAUGGGAAAAGAUUGCUUUGAACCAAGAUAUAAAGUAUUUUAAGGAAUUGUACGGACAGUUCCAUUUUUCAUGGAAUUUCCAACUUAAUCAUUAGAAUAGACUAUACUUUUUAGUACAUAUAAUGUAUAUUGCGAAGCAUUGUAAUGUAAAUAGCAUACUUCUUUGCUUUUUAAAUCUUGAUGGGGAGAAAGUUUGUUUCUAACCCUAACCUGGGUAAUUUAUUCUGAAUUUACAUAGAUUUAGAACCUUUCAGAGACAGAACUUUUGUUGUCUUCAGGAAGAUGAACCUUCAUGGAUUUCUUUCUGAAAGGCUAUGUGGAGCUAAAUGAGUCUUGUAGUUCUUUGCUCUAAGUGAAAAAAAAAAAAAAAAAAAAAAAGACCUAUAAAAGAUAACUCUCUUCUCAUUCCAACAGCAUAUUUUUUUUAGUAGUCCACUUCCUCUGUAGGAUUUUGCCCUAUAGUUUCAACAGCUACACAUUUUAAUCCAGUUGAGAUCUGGUCAACACUGUGAAACAUUAAGAGGUAACAUAAGUUAGGAUUUUGCUGGUUUUUUAAAUUAAAAUAUUAGAUGUUAAUAUUAUCAAUUUUUAAUUACUUGAAGUAUUUAUCUACUGACAAUUCUGUUUGUAGUAGAGGAUAAUCUGAAUUUAAUAUUUUUCAAUAUUUUUUAAUGUGUAUGCAACAAAUAAUAUUCCUGCCUUAUUUGAAGACAAGAUAAAAUGCAUCCAAAAUGACAUAGGACUGUCAGAUUCCUCAGAAAAAUACCUUAAAAGUAACCAUCUCAUGGAUAAAUGUUUUUAUAUUAUGAAUCAAUUUCAGCAAGUUUUAAAACUGACAAUGUCUGUUUUGAUAUAAGUACAUUAAUUAGUUCUUAUGCUUUUAAUGAUGGUAAAUGAAAGUGAUCCUUUUUCAAUGGUCAUAUAUAUAUACAUAUAUGUGUAUCUUUUGAUGUUAUUUUAGCAAAAACAACAUAAGAGGAAAAAUCAAAAUAUCAUUUUUUCUAGCUGCCAGAUUACUUGAAAUGUAUAACCCACCAAUGUAAAGCAUGUCGGACUGCAGUCUUUUCUAUUUUAAAAAGUAAUGAUGAACUGUAUGAAAUAACCUUUCUUUGAGAGGAUUUGAUGAUUGAUGUGGAUGGAAUAUCUUUUUCAAAGUGUUAUGAAUUGCGUGGUGUCUUCAGCAAAUGGAAAUAUUCACAGUAAACUAAUUGUAUAGCAUUUUAUCUGCAUUGCUAAAUAUGUGAAAAUUCUGCAGCUAAAUAAGAGCAAAGUGAGUAUGCUCUAUUUAUAAAACCAAAUCUAUUCUAUUCCUUUUGAAUUCUUAUGCCUCUUAUUUAGUUGUAAAACACAUGAUUUAAUUGCCUUGAAGACUACCUUGUUUUAGGCCUUGUUUAACUAUCUAUAGAGAGGUAUUUGCAAACUUAAGUUGUGUAAAUGUCAUUUCUACUUGUGGAUCUGAACUGUGGCUACCUAAAGAGAUCUAGGCAAUCCAUUCUAGACCACCAACUGAUAACAGAUAAGAAUCCUUGGAAUGUAGGAUUUUUUUUUUUUAACCUGUUGAUUAUGAGUCUGUUGGUAUAAGUGUAAGAAUAUCAUUCAUGUCAACUUUCUUGGAAUAACAACAAACAGUUGGUAGUAGCCCGCCUGCUUAGGGAUGACAAAUAUUAACAAUAUUUCUGUUCUGCUCUUCUCCCUAGUUUGGUUUCUUUAGAUAGCUUUUUCUAUUAUUUUUUUUAAGACUAUAGAGGUGAGGUUAGAUGUUUUAAAAAUUAAAUACUCGGCUUUUGAAGCAAGUAGAGUAGGAAGCAAGGAGUUGUUGGGGAAACUAAGAUUCAAAAUUGUCUUGCUAAAACUUAAAAUUCCAACAUUGGCUGCAGAGCUUCCUAAAGACGUCUAACCAUGCUGCUGUUGCAAGUUCUCUGCAUAUUUAAAGGCGGGAACAUCUAUUUGUAAUAUUUUUUUUCUUAAGUUUCUGCCUUGUGCUUUAACCUGGAUCACUUUGUUGUUUAUUUGUCCCCACCCCCAUAAAAGUAAAGCACAGGAGUUUACUAUAUUUCUGUUUACCUUUUUAAAAUAAAAAUUAAGGUUUCUUUCCAGCAAGAAUCAGCAUAUUAUUCUUGUCCAGAAGUUCAUUUGUUCACCAACUGUAUAGAGGUUAAUAAAAAGCAAAAAGUUUAAAAAGAAUGAUGGGGCAGCAUUCACCAGUAUUUUAAACCUUUAUAGCUACUUCCUAUUGCAGCUGUAAAAUAGUAGCCUGUCUUCAUUUGAGUAACUAUUUGACUUGGAUAUUUAAUAAAGCUAACAGUUAAGACAUUUGUUUUAUAUCCUUAGCUACAAGUAAAAUUCAACCUGUUGUAAAGCUAUCAUUUUUAUGAAAUAUACCUUGAAGAAAUGUGUUUUCCAAAAGGAGUCUAGUGAGUUUAAAUUUCUCCCAAAUCCAUUUAUGGAUUCUUGAUAUAGUUCCUCUAAUCCAAGAAUAGUAAUCUUGUUUGUUUAUUGAACAUCUUUUUUCUUUUUUAAUACCUGUAGCUCCUUUAAGAGAGUGAGGGUAACAAAAUGUAAACUUAUUAAUCCAUGCAAUAGGUGUUUUUUUUUUUCACGUUUCUUUAGACUAUCUGUAGUUUCAACCCAAACAUGUAUGUGUCUCCUGUUAUAGCCAUAGUUUGUAACUGUAAACUGACAGGACUUUUGGUGUUCUGCUAUCCUGAUUCAUUUAAGAAACGUUACUAUUACAAAAAGUCUAAACAUGGCUCAAACUUUCUCCUUGGCUCUAUGGAGAAAAAAAAAAGUCUUUAAAUCUGAGACAUUCUUUGAAAUAUGGGUGGCAAAAUAAAUAAAUAAAUAAAUAAAUAAGAAAAUGGUGGUUAUUUUAUGAUUACUUAUUAAGGGCUGUAAUAAUAUAAAAUAAAAGACUCCAGGAGGUUCUGCCUUUCAAAAAUUGAAUACUUUCCUUCCUUCCUUCCUUGUAUAGAGUGACUGAGUGGGAGUCUCUUGAAUUGUUCGUCUUCCUUUUAUCUAAUAUUCUAUUAAUCUCCAAAAAGAUCAGUUUGAGUCUGGGAAAGGGUUUUUAAUCAACACUUCACAAAGCUUAAAGCUACCCUACCUAAAGCGUCAGCUUUGUUAGACGGUUUUAGAUUUAAAGCAUUGCAGCUGUCAUGCACUGUACUAAAAGUAAAGAAUGUACACCAAGUGGAAGAUGUUGAAAAGGGGAAAUAGCACAAAGUCGAUUAAUGGAGAUUCAGAAUAGAAGUAGCCAUCAAAGUGUUCCAGCAUUUAUCUCAGAAAUCUAUGUAGGAUUAAAAAAAAAAAAAGGCAACAAUGAUAGUUUUAAACCUCACACUUAGGAGGAAUGUAUGUUGAUUUAAUUGAUUCAUUUGGAUCGAUGUUUUUUAAAGUUUCACACCACUGAUCUUUCAUGUAGUGAUGUCUUUAGCAGCCAGUGGUCUGACAUGAUCCUUCUCAGGUUUCAUCAGUGGGACUCUCCAUGACAUCUGAAAUUAUGCAAUAGUCUGCAAUGAUCACUUUGGAGUAGGAAGACCUCAGUACCAAAGUGCAUGGUUAGAUGGGAAAAAAAAAAAAAAAAACUCUUGUUAAUUCUUAUCACAAAGAUUUUUGAGGAGUGGUAAUUGUAAGUGAACCAUAAAGGUUCAAGUCACCCAAUAUUAUGUAGUGGACAUUAAUUUGCUAGCUAGGAGAGAAUCACCCUGAAAGUUUGACCAUUAAGUGAAUAGCACACAGUGAUCAUCAUUUUACCCUUGAUUGUAAAAGACUUGAAAAUGGAAAUUUGACUUAACCUGUGAGACCUUUUCAAGCAACUUUUCCCAGUCCCUUGUCUUGAAAUCUAUGGAAAAUAUUCCACUAUAUUCUUUGUGCUGUUUGGAGUUGCAUUCUAUUUGAAAUAGACAUGUUUCUAGAAAGAAAUCUAGAAAGGACUUACAUCUUUCCACAUCAUUCAACUUUUUCUUCCAAGAAUAUUACACUGGGUAAUAUGGGAGGCUAUCAUAGGUAAAAAUAAUGCUAAACUGUACUUUGUAAUCAGCUUGCAGUACCAAUACAAAGCAUCUGAAAUGAAAAGACAACCAACACUCCAAGAAUGAUAUGUCUCUUUUUAAAGUUUACAAUUUGAAUAAUGAACUUGGAUAGAAACUUGGCAGGAAAACAAACCAUGGCACCAUCACAUCACCAACCAUUUUCACUUUUCUGUCCAAUUUUAGAGUGCAUGUGUUUGUGAGUAUUUCACUAGAUCAGUGACAGCUCUUUAUUUGCAUAAUUAUAUGCUCUGGUCUGAAGAGAAAACUAACCCCCAAAUUUCAUGGGUCACCAAACUGCAACAAUCAAUGUUUUAUCACGUAUGCUAAGCAAAAUCUAAGAAGCUAUAUGAAGUUUCUUGGGGAGUUUUUACUCCUCAGAAAAUUAAAGAGUUUUCUUCUCUUGAAUAGAUUCAAAAUCUUUCCAAGUUCUUUGUAACUGAAUUCUGUUUGAAGGCAAAACUAGAGAUUAACAUGUAGAUCUGGAUCUUAGACUCACUAGCAUUACUUCAAAGUGGCUUAAGAAGAGCAGCAUUUUUGGAACGCUAAACUGCUAAGUUCUAAACACUAUCCCUCAUGCUAGGAAGAAAAAAGUAUUAGUCAAGUUGUGGUUAGCUAAAAUGAAGUCUGAAUUAACUAUAAUUGAAUAUAAAAUUCAUUUUCUUCUUUUAAGUAACUCAAGAUUUUUAAAGGCCUAAUAGCAAAGUGUGUAUAUGUGCUUAUGCAUAUGUGUACAUGUAUGUACAUACACAUGCACAUAUCUAUCCCUGAGUACAUAUUCCCAUUCAACCAGAAAUGGACAGCAUGAACAUAAACAGUAUAUGUAUGUCAUUUUUUCAGAAUAUUCAACAUACAUUGGUCACUAAGAUUAUUUGUAACUUAUUUUCUUUUAAAUAAUUCUUAUGUCCAAAUUCUACAAGGGCUUGUACUACAUGUUUUUAAAUGCCUCAAUUUCAUUGGCAUCUGUAAAUUUUCUAUUUGUAUGUAAUGUCUGUAUAAGGUUGACUUAUUUCAUUAAAGAAAAAUUGAUUUAAA